AUUAGUCAAGCCGGAUUUGGCUACCAAAUCUCAGCCAAACUUAGAAAUACAUCCAUCUCUGACAAGAGUAAUAGAAAAAAAAAAAAAAAAUAAAGGGAAAAGAGAGAGAAAAAGAGAUUUAUUUAUUUUUGCGGUGUGUCGAGGGGAUCGGACGCCCUGUUGGAACCGAUUCAGAUCAGCGAAUCAUGGAGGGGGUGGGGGCCCGACUGGGGCGCUCCUCGACUCGGUACGGACCGGCCACGGUGUUCAAUGGGGCAGUGAGGAAGUGGAAGAAGAAGUGGGUCCACGUAGCGCCAUCUACUAGUGCUGCCUCUAACAACACCACCACCACUACCAAUCACUCUCACCAGAUUCACAACCAAAACAACAAAAGCAACGGCUCGACCAACGGUAAUAACGGUUCACAUCUACUGCUUUACAAGUGGACCCCAAUCACUCAGAGCAACAACGGCAAUAACAGUAAUGGUGACAGGAAUUCUGGCAAGGAUGACGCAGCGGCUGCUCCGGAGGAACCGCCUCGUCGUAAAUUCAAAUACAUUCCAAUUGCCGUUCUAGAGGAACAGAAGAAUGAGGAUGCCGAAAACGAAGCUGCUGAAAAGGUUGAUGACGAUUCUAAAUCAAUUGAUACUGAGUCCACCCCCAGGGGAGACAUUUUGGAUGAAAAACCUGACAUUAAUGAUUUGCCAGAGGAAAGUCAGGAAAAUAAUCAAGUAGUAUGCCAAGAUCUGAACGAAAGCACUUUGGAUUUGAGUUUAGGCUUGAAGGGGCAUGAUGGUGACCAUGAGCCUGAUUCAAAACUGAUCAGAUGAGAGAUAGUUAGUAGGAAAGGGAAGGCAGGGCAGGUAGUGUUGGGACAUGAUUGAUGGCAGCCCUUGGGUUUUAGGUUGCCGACUGAGGGCAUGAUGGUCAGCAAUCUAUUUGUUUGUGCCUGAUUCAAAGAGACAAAUUUGUUAUUGACAUAUUGAGCCACUGGCCGUUGUAGGCAAGCGUAUUCUAGUGGCAUAUGCAUGUACUUUAGUCUUCAAUUGAUUGCAAUUUGUAUCGAUCGGUUUUAGUCUUUAGGAGAUGACAAUGAAAUGUUUUUCUCUUUAGCUUUGUCUGAGAACUUCUAAGCUUGGACAUGCUGGACUUACAAAGUGAAACGGAAAUUGAAUGAAUCAAUCUUAGCACUCUUCUAACUA